AUGCUGUGCGGUGGAGACCGUGAGAAGGGGGAUGUAGCCAUGGAGGAAAAAUGGGACUAUGUGAACCUGGACGACUUUAAAUCCGAGUCCUGCCUAACACCCUUCUCAUAUUUCUUCAUAUGGGUGCUCCUAUUUAUCUCGAUUGCAGUCUACGGUGUCGAUACAUUCACUGCAAUCAAUUUGCUGGCUUUCUCACGAUGGUCCGGCAGAGUACAACCAGCCAUCCCCUUCAAUAUCUCCCGCUGGAUCUUCGCUGCCUGCAUUAUUGCUUCGCUUGUUCUUUUGGCCUAUCGAUGGAUUCAUGCCAUCCGCGCCAUCCGCUCGGGUAGUAUUACUCGUAGCUUUCUGGACCCGCUGGCUGUGCGUAUCCAGAGUGUUCGCUUCGGCCAGCGGGGUCGUGGAUACCGGCGAUUCCUUGUCUUCGCUGAAUUAACUAAAAACAGGAAAGCAGCAGAGUACGUUGCUCUCUAUGCAUACUUUUCAUUCCAGUUCUGGAUGAACACGAUCUUCGCAGAUGGUCCGCGUCAAGUUCUCAAUGCUAUCACUCUCUACUCGGUCAUGCAAAUGGACCUUAUGCCUGGAGGAAAAAAUGCAGCCCAUGACGAUGGAAAUUCCUCGGUUGUUCAAUUCUUUCACAACGUGAAGAUUUUGGCCGAAGAUAACACCCUUCAAGCUGUGGUCUUGUUUGGUAUGCUUUUUACCCUGAUCGUUUGGGUCAUCUCGGUUCUCAAGUUGAUGUCGGCGAUCGUACUCUACUUGAUCUUCCUUUUUCACCACAUCCCAGCGGAAGACGGGAGUCUUUCGAGGUACUGUCGUCGGAAGGUUGGUCAACGUCUAAAGCGCAUCGUGCACCGCAAGAACAAUAAGGCUCUGGCAAAGGGACUUAAGUUACAGAACCGAGCACCCACUCAGCCAAUGCUGGCCACGGUUUCAAACCCAAGUCUGCCAUCUCUCUCUGGAGACAAGGUUCCCACCGUGGCUUCGCUGUCGCGAAGUACCACGGAGACUACUUUGCCGCCUUACUCGCGAUCGAAUCUGUCGGCGCUGGCGCAAAACCCGACACUGCCGAAUUUGGAGUUCGAUGCUAAACCAACACUCGCUCGAACCGGAACUUCAACUUCAGCAAUUUCAGAGACCGUUUCACUGACUGGCAAUGCGGCCGGAAUGGGAUACACUCCUCUUGAUGGCCGGAACCCAACGCUCCCGACGCUUCCCCCUGUCCCUCCCUUGCCGCCUACCAUUCCAUCACGCAUGGCCACUCCUCAAUCUCGAGCGAGUCCUGUGCCGUAUGGCAAUGGCGAUCGUAAUAGCCCUGGCCCUGGAUAUCGCAACCUGACUGAUAGCUCUGAUUCUCGACCAAAUCAGAGCCACACCCCAAUGCCUGAUUAUGUUUCGACUGACAUGCACGCUUCCGAUGAUUACGAUGAUUUCAACCAUGACCAUGUGCGUGCUCACUACAACCCCUACAGUCCUCCGAGGGGUACAUACGGCGAAGAGGAUGAAUACGGACAAAUUUUCGAAGCUCCAGGUGGCCAGAGAGGCGCGCCUUCUGAACAGCAAGAUUAUUACUCACAGGAUCCAUAUUUGACAAGAUCCUGUGCGUCGGCCAGUACCGGCGAGAUGCCUACUCCUUAUCGACACACCCCGGCAAAUACCGAUGGCACUCCUGUUCCCUAUGAAUGCAAUGCCCCGGCAAGCUACCAAACCAUGCUUCCCCCACAAGCAGCCACGUACACACCGCCUUCACCUAGGAUGUACACUUCAGCGAAAUCGGCAACCACCGCUUCUCAAACUGGUGGCUAUAUAGCUUUCAACCCGUCCAUGGCCUAUAACGCACCCCAGACUCACCCCCGUGGGGCUCCUGGCCCGUCUAGCUGUACUCGAGCAAACACUGCCUCGCCCUCGGCCAUGCAUCGCGGUCCACCGGGACACACAUUCAAUCGCGCAAACACCCACCAAUAUUGA